UGUCGCUCGUAACUAUCGACUUUAAUAAAUAAGUAAUAAAUCAGUAAAUAUUCAAAACAGGAAUAAGGGAAACAGCAAAAUAUAAAGUCACUUCAACUGAAAGCAAAUUGCUCUUUUGAUACUUAACAAUGUUAAAGUAAAUAAGGACUGGAUUUUUAAUGUGCUAAGCAAAGCUUUAUUCAUCAUGGUGGUCUAACAAAGCUUUCUGCCGGAAAAUCCUUUGUUUUAUUGUUGUUUCUGUCUUUUAAAGGUAAGUGUAGGUACAGGGCAGAGGCAGUAUGCCAAAGAGAAAAAUUGCAGGCUCCCCAGAGGAGGGGGAGGAAGGGUCUUCUCAUGGUGGAAAGAGAAGGAGGCGGUCAAUACAGUAUGAUCCGCCUUCUCAACCCAAAUCCAAGAAGAAGACACCUCAGUAUGAUCCAGUCCAGAUCUGUCAGGAACUGUAUGACAUCAUAAGAACAUUCAAGACAGAUGAUGGAAGAAUUCUGUGUGAAUCAUUUAUAAGAGUUCCAAAAAGAAGGGCUGCUGCUGACUAUUAUGAUGUUGUCUCUCAACCAAUUGACAUGUUGAAGAUACAGCAGAAGCUGAAGACAGAUGAGUAUGAAGACAUUGAGCAGCUGACAGUUGAUGUUGAACUUUUGGUCAGCAAUGCUAAGGCUUAUUACAAGAAAAGCAGUCAAGAAUACCAAGACGCCUGCGAUAUGUGGGAGGUCUACCAAGACUCCAAAAACGCUCUGAUUGCUGCUGCGUUUGGUGAGCAGACACCUACAACAACACGGCGAAGAAGUCGCCGUAUUUCCACAGCAAGUGAAAAAGAAGAAGAGGAAGAGGAGGAGGAGGAAGAAGAAGACGAAGAAGAGGAGGAGGAUGAAGAGGAAGAGGAGGAAGAAGAUGAAGAGAAGGAAGAGGAAGUGGAAGGGGAAGAGGGAGAGAAAGAUGCAGUGGACAGCAAGACAGAUGAUAAAGUGGAGAAAAGUAAGGAGAAGGCUGAGUCAUCAGCUGAGGAUGAAGAGGAAGAGAAUGAGGCAGAAGAUGGAGGUCAGGAGACAGAAGAAGACAGCAGGAAGGAGGAACACAGUGAAAAAAGGGAGAAGAAGAAAGGAAGAGAUAGGUCAAAAGAGAGCAGACGUUCAGUUAAAGAGAGUACUCCAGUCCCAGAGAAGAGGGGGGAUCUUGUAGCAGAGGAGGAGUUAGAGAGUCAGCUUGAAUGGCUCUUCUCAGCUGUCAUGAAUGCUAAGAAUGGAGAAAGGAAUGUUGCUGAUCUCUUUCAGUUGCUGCCUUCUAGAACAAAAUACCCUGAAUACUAUGACGUCAUUAAGGAUCCAAUAGACUUGAAGCAGAUAGCCAUGAAGAUCCAGAGUCAUGAAUACAAGAGUGUGGAUGAGUUGGAGAAAGAUCUGCUCACCAUGGUCAGCAAUGCUAAAACUUUUAACGAGCCAGGCUCCUUCAUUUAUAAGGAUGCAGUGAUGUUGAAGAAACUGGUAAAAUCCAAGAAGAAUGAGUUGUGCAAUUCUGAUAGAAGUGCAGGAAGAUCUACCAGGCCAAAGAGGAACCCAGGACCAAGACUCUCUGCCAUCUGUGCAGCCCUGAAGUACCCCGAGGAUGAAGAGGAGGAGCUGAGUGAGAUAGCCAGCUGUCAUGACCAGCUCAGUCAGAUGGAUUAUGAGGAGGAUUCAGCAGAGGAGGGCUCUGUGACAGAACCAGAGGAAACUGUGCAGUGGGUGCUGUUUAAUGCAGUGAAGAAUGCCAAGAACUCCUUAGGCCAGGGAUUGGCAGACCCCUUCUUGAAGUUGCCCAACAGAAGGUUCUACCCUGAUUACUAUGAGGAAAUUCAUCAUCCAAUGGCUAUGAUGCAGAUCAGGAAAAAGAUAAGGCAAGGGAAGUACAGCUGCCUGGAAGAGUUGUCCUCAGAUUUUGAGCUGAUGUUUAGAAAUGCCCAGCAGUACAACACAGAUGAGUCCAGAAUCUAUAAGGAUGCCGUGAGACUGCAGAAGAUAAUGAGGACCAAGAAAAAGGAGCUUGAGAAAUUGGAGAUGAAGGAGGUAUUAGAGGAUUUACCCUCGUAUGAUUUGGAGAAGGAACUCCAUGGUUCAGAAGAUGAAGAAGAGCAGUCAGCCACCGUUAUUGUAACUCCAAAACCAGAAAAAGAGAGAAAGAAGCCAGGCCGCAAACCCCUGCCCUAUGAAGAGGCUUUGAAGAAACGGAUCAAUGUUCUCUAUGAUACAGUAUUUAACUUCCAGGAAGAAAACCGCUCACUGAUAGAUAUCUUCAUUGAGCUACCUUCAAAGAAGGAAUACCCUGAUUAUUAUCAAGUCAUUUCUGAACCCAUUGACAUGAAUACCAUCAAGACUAAGAUAAUGGAAGAAAAGUAUACUACAGAGCAAGCCCUGAUAGCGGACCUCAAGCUGAUGUUCAGUAAUGCCAGACAUUACAAUGAGGAGUCUUCUCUGGUCUACCAAGAUUCACAGACGCUAGAAAGAGUGCUGAAACAGAAGAUAAGAAACCUCACACCACUGUCACCACCCUCUAAACAAGGACAGAAGAAUCGUCCCAAAUCCAAGAGUUUGUCUCCAUUGGCUCAGAAGCUACAGCAAGUCUAUGACAUCAUAGCCAACUUCACAGACUCCAGGGGCAGAGUACUGUGUCCUCCCUUCAUGAAACUGCCUUCCAGACUGGAGUAUCCUAACUACUACGAAGUAAUCAAGAAGCCUAUAGAUAUGCAGCACAUCUUUGGCAAGAUGACAAACAACAAGUACGAGAGCCUGGAAGACCUGGUCUCAGACUUUGUACUCAUGUUUGACAAUGCCUGCAAGUUUAAUGAGCCAGACUCUCUCAUAUACAAGGAUGCCCUCACACUGCAGAGAGUGUGUCUGGAGAAGAAAGGAGAGCUGCAAGAUGAGGAAGAUGAUAAUGAAGUCCCAGAUGUAAAAGCUGUGGUGCUGGAAAUGAUGACUAAUCUCUUCAUUUCUGUCUACAACUACCAGGAUGAAGAAGGUCGUUGCUAUAGUGACUCCUUUGCUGAGUUGCCCUCGAAAGAGGUUGCAGAACAGGAGGGAGAGCAACCAGUUGUGACUGUAAAACCUCUUACAUUUGACCAAAUCAAAAGAAAUUUAGACAGGGGAAGAUAUCGCAGACUGGACAGAUUUCAAGAAGACAUGUUUGAGGUGUUUUCAUACGCACGCAAGGUUAGCCGCACAGACUCCCAACUUUACGAAGACGCUGUUGAAAUGCAGAUGUUUUUUAUCAAGAUUCGUGAUGAGCUCUGCAAGAACGGGGAGCUCUUGUUAACGCCUGCGCUCAGUUACACUGAGAAACACCUGCAGAGUGCUCUGGAUGAGGAGAAACAGGAGAAGCUGCCAAAAGAGAUGCGUGAAGAUGAAGAAAAGAAACAGGCAGAAGAAACAAACAAAAAAGAACAAGAAAAAGAACAAGAAGACAUUGGUGAGAACAGUGUGAGUUAUGGUGGUCAGACCUAUUCAGUGGGGGACUUUGUGUACAUUGAGCCAAGGGAGAAAGGGUUGGAGCCUCACAUCGUGUGCAUAGAGCGCCUGUCUACAGAACCCACAGGAGAAAACUUCCUCUAUGGCUGCUGGUUUUGUCGACCAAAUGAAACAUAUCAUCUGGCAACCAGAAAGUUUCUUGAAAAGGAGGUGUUCAGAAGUGAUUUCUCAGACAGAGUCCCACUAAACAUAGUGCUGGGCAAGUGCUUUGUCAUGUUUGUCAAAGACUACUUUAAAAUGAAACCAGAGGGUUUCCCAGACAAGGAUGUGUACGUCUGUGAAUCAAGGUACUCUGCAAAACACAAAGCAUUCAAAAAGAUAAAGAUCUGGCAGGUGCCUCGCAAUGAGAGCGUUAAAAUCGUGCCACGAGAACAGAUGCUAACCACAGUACGCGUGGCCUCCGUGUUCGCAGAAAAAAUGGUGGGAGGCAAGGAGGAUAUUGGAGAUGAUGGACAGCCGUUUUUGCUAGACAAGCGGAGAAGUGUUGUCAUUCAGGAAGUUGCCACUCCUGAGGAAGGAAUAACAUACUAUGAGCAGUUCAUUGCUCCUAAUGGCUGCUUCAAACUAGAUGAUCAUGUCUAUGUGAAAACAGAGAGGGAAAUGCCUAUCAUUGUCAAGAUAGACAAGAUGUGGGCAGACCAGAGGGGUGCAGUGUACAUUCAGGGCCCAAAGUAUUUGUAUCCUCUAGAAGUGGAGCAUCCACCUACCAGACUGUUCUUCAGAAGAGAGGUUUUCCACAGUGACACGGAGCCCAUUACAUACUCACUGGCUAAUAUAGUGGGGAAGUGUGCUGUGCUUUUCUACAAGGAGUUUUGUACAAGCCGACCCACAGAAUACCCAGAGAAAGAUGUCUAUGUCUGUGAGUCCAAAUAUGUGGAGGCAGAAAAAACUAUUAGAAAAAUGUCCAAAAGCUCCAAGAAAAUUACUUUGUCACCUAAAGUCACAGAUGAUGAAAUCUACUUCUUUAGAAAGUCCAUCACACCUAAGAAGGUGCCAUCACCUCAUCUUCUGGCUGCAGUUGAUGAGCCAGCAGACGACAUGGCAUCUGAGAUGACAGAGGCGCCACCUAGCAACAUGGAUGAAGACAGCAUGAUGGAGCACAGCUUCAGUUAUAACACCAGUUUUGAUGAAUUGCAUGCAAGGCCUGCUACGCCAUCUUCAGCGUCUGUUGAGGGAAAGCCAGCUAAGAAGGUGCAAAAGAGGAACCGUAAGCCCACAGGAUAUAUCAUAUACGCAGCAGAAGUGAGGAAGAAACUCAAGGACCAGCAUCCUGACUACUCAUUUGGAGAGCUCAGUAAAGUGGUCGGGAACAAUUGGAAGAGUCUUCCAGAUGAAGAAAAGAGGCGCUAUGAGGAAAAGGCCAAGAAACAGGCAGAGAUCAACGAUGCUAAGAGGGCGGCAGAGGCCGAGGCCCAGGCAGCUCAGUCUCCAGUCCCAGGGUACAGGACAGGGUCCCCGGGGGUGGCUGGACAUGGCCAGAUGACCCCAGGGAUGUAUCCACAGCAACACAUGCAAGGUUAUCCUCCUGGUUAUCCUCAGCAGCAGCAGAGGUAUCCCAACCAGAUGCCCCCACCCCAGGGCAUGCAACCAAUGCAUGGGAUGCAGUACAUGGGCCAAGGCAUGGCUCCCCAACAACAGCAGCAUGGACCUCCCCAGGGCAUGAUGCACGGUGGCAUGGCUUACCCCCACACCCACACCCCACCCCAGAGGCCAGGCAUUCCAUACCCCCAUGGAAAUAACACCCCGGGGACCCCUUACCAACCCUCUCAGGGUAGCACCCCUGGGACUCCAUACCAAACCCCCCAACAACAGGGGCAGCUUAAUUACCAGAUGAUGUCUGGGGGACAUAUGUAUCCCCAACAGGCCCAGGGGGGUCACUCCAUAGCCCCACACCCCCCACAGGCUAUCCCAGGGUUUAACUCAACAACACCUGCCAGGCCCUCUGAUAGAGCUAGCCCUGCACAGGCUGAUCCUGCUAUUAAAGGUUCUUCCAUGGCUCCUCCACUGCCUCCGCCAAGGCCACCUUCACCCAAGUUUGUCACAGUGCCUGCCAAGACACAGAGGCUGCUACACUCAGAGGCUUAUCUCAGAUAUAUUGAGGGUCUCAGUGCAGAGAACAAGACAAUCAGCAACUUUGAGCGCCACUUGACGGCAACACCAGAAAACACGCCAUUCCAUCCCAACAGACGUCUCCCUAUUGAUUGGCUGGGGCCUGGCGUAGGACCUCACAAUAAUGCUGCCAGCGCCCUCUGGGCUUUAAGAGAUCUGAUGCUGAAAGAUGCCAUGAAUAUUGCAAAGGUGGCUGAACCAUUUUAGACUUAGUAAUAAUGCUUAAAGCUUUACUUAAGAAUUUGGGACCAGAAAGUGAAAAAAAAAUUCCUCAAAAGGAACUUUUUCUUUGUUUUCAUGUUGACUCUGGUUUGAACAAAUUCAGUAAGUAUUAUGUACUGAAACAUCAGUUUGAUAGAAGCAAGUCUUUUUUUUUGUUUAUUUUUUAACAUCCGUUUUAUCUAUCUUUCACUGAAAUUUAGUCAAGGAUGUGCAGCAUCAGUUUAAGUCAAGUAGAGAUCACAAGAUCUUGGAAAUGAGCUUUUAUCCCAGUGCAUCAGUCUGAACUAUUUGAGUUGGAGUUGGUGCUGUCAAAGCAAGUUUAGCAGACAAAAUAUCAACGGGCUGCAUGAUGAUUUUAUGUUGUACAGUUGCCUCUAUGUACCUACAGAAAAUUGAUGUAAGGAGAUUAAAAUUCUCUUAAAUAUAAAUAAAUGUUGUUAAGUGUAA